GCCCAAGCCACAAAUUCUAGGCACUGCAGCGUCUGCAGUGGAAUGUGGGCGGAACAGUCUUUACCUACUUGUGCUUCCAUUCUUUGAUAUCAUUUCUUGUGUCGAAACAGCUCCAAUAUGUCGUCGAUGGAGCCGGAAAUCAUUGUCGGAAUUGACUUUGGAAUGAAUUUUACUGGUGUUGCAUAUUCCAAUAGGAAUAUGCUGCAGCCGAAGGUCAUUCAAAAAUGGCCUGGAAAACUUCACGAAUCCUCACGGAAGGUGCCUUCGAUUAUUCGCUAUGCAAGCCCUGGAGUCGAUCCUGAAUGGGGGUUUCCCUGCCUAUUUAACGAUGAUAAGAAAGAGUGGUUCAAGCAGUGGCUAGAUCCAGAAUUUUUGGAUCAGCUUCGGACCGCUGAACCCGAAGCAGAUCUUCCCUCCACUGCAGAAGUCAGAAAAUGGUACAGAGACUACAUGCGAUGCAUUUACCUCUACAUCAGUAGCGUGCUUCAGACCCAAAUUGGUGCCUGGGAUUCCAAGCGUAUUGAGUUUCUCUUCAGCCUACAUAUUGUGGUGGUUUUUAUUUUUUUUUGUCGUGUUUGGGUCGGACCGACUGUACCUACCACGUUCAGAUCACAAGCAAUCAGUACAAGCCUUCGAAAACUACUUAUUGAGGCUGGAUUCAGCCAAGGACGCCAUACAAUUGAAUUCAGUCUUACAGAAUCGCAAGCUUCAGCUGUCGAUGCUGCGAAAGAUAGUUUGCAAACUUUUCAUCAUGGAGAUGUUAUGCUUGUAUGUGAUGCUGGAGGAGCUACGACCGAUUUCGCUCUUCUCGAACAAAUUUCCGAUAAUGAAGAGAACCCGAAACUUCAAGAAUUGGCCACUAUACCAGGUAUUGAUGUGGGGAGUACAAACAUCGACUUGGCAUUCGAGGAAUUGGUCGAUUCCAGGCUUCGAGCAGGCGGCGUGCAAGUUGCCGAGAACACUGCGUGGACGAUGAUGCAUAGUCCAGAGUUCCAAGAGUGGAAAUGCAGCUUCGGAGAUCCUUCGAAUAACGCAGUUCCCAAAUUCCUUGUUCCUGUCCCGCAGCUCCACGAGUCCGUAUCGAACAGAGCGGCUGGCAUUGAAAGAGGCGAGAUGGCUUUCUCACAUGACGACUUCAGAGCACUUUUUGACCCCCAGGUGAAUCGAAUAAUAGCCCUAAUCAGAAAUCAGUUAAAUACCAGCGUUCCGCAGAAUAAAGAUGUGGUAAUUCCAGCAUAUGAAUCUUCUUGUGGUAUCCUGAACUAA